UCUCUCAUGACGUCUCCUGCCAUCGCUGGGCAGACACGGCAUCCUAAUGUUCUCGCUCGACUACAAGCACUGUUCCCAACUUCGCCAAACCCUUCUUCACCUACAUUGGCCCACAACUUGAAAAUUAGGAUGGUCACCUGGAAUAUGCACGACUCCCUCCCAAAGGGUGAUUUGACCGAACUACUCGGCCGGAUUCCUCCGUAUCGACCACAAGUGUUCGAGUCUCAAAUGCCACAAUUCCUGAUGGAGGACCAGCAUCCGUACCACCUCGUUGUUGUUGCAGGCCAAGAGUGUCCGUCACUUCUAGAAAUCACUCAAGGCAUUCCAAUGGGAUUUGGGGCAGGAUUCAAACUCAUUGACCGCGACUCUGACCGCGAUAGUUCGCGUUAUUCCUCUGACGCCAGAGAGGCCUUUCCACAUGAUGGACUAGGCUGGACAGCUAUGAUUGAAAACUGGCUCUGUCAUGGCAAACGACAAGCGACGAAUACGCAAACGACUACGAGUGACCGACAAGGACCCUACCAAUUACUUGUCAAAGAACGACUGAUGGGCUUAUAUCUAGCGAUAUUUGUGCACAGGGACCUGCGACCAUUCGUAUCAGGGACUUCGCGCUCUGUUGUCACGACUGGUUUGAUGGGUGGGCGAGUCGGAAACAAAGGCGGAGUUGGUAUCAGUUUAAACAUUGACGGCACGACGCUUCUUUUCAUCAACGCGCACUUAGCUGGUGGGCAAGUCGACCACCUGUCGUUUUCAGUCCUCAAUCUCCAUCUAGCUCACGAAGGAAAAGUUCAACACCGACUGGCUGAUUUCGCCAAAAUUCAGACUGGACUCCAAGUUGAUGAUUUUCUUUCCCCAGAAGAUCCUCGCGUCAUGGCAGAAGACUUGGCUGACAAAUUUGAUUACGCUUUCUUACUUGGCGAUCUCAAUUUCAGAUUAGAUAUCUCUAGGCUUCAUGCCGACUGGUUGAUAUCGCGACAAGACUAUGCUCAAGCUUUGACUUUCGACCAGCUUCGCAAUCUCAUGCAACGGGGAGAGUUCGCAGGCUGGAAUGAAGAGCCCAUACAAUUCCCUCCGACUUUCAAAUACGAUGUACUUCGGACACUGAAGCAUCGGCGGCGACCCUCCAAGCACGAUCAAUGGCGGAAUACACGAGAGAGUGCCCGGCAACUGACGGAGGUCAACGAGCGCGGUGACGAGGAGGGACGUGACAGCGACGAUGUGGAUGCUGCCUCAGUGUCGUCUUCAACCUGGAAUUCCAUGCAUUCACGGCCUGGAACAGAACCAGAUGACGAUUAUUUUCACCCAUCGCCCUCAUCCCAUGCAGUGAGCAGUCUAAGUUCUCCAGGGAGUCGGGUGUCACUGUCGCAAAAAGCCAAGACGAAAUGGCUAGCGAUGACUUCACCCUCAGCCCCUCAUAGUCCAACUACGUGGUUCAAAAAGAAACCUUUCCCUUCAUCUUCACCUGUUAUCGUCACGGCAGAGCACAAACAAGCCCGUCGCCGUCGUUCAUUGGACACUGCAGUACUUCCGCCGAGCCUUAAGCGUUUGAGCUCCACGAGCUCAAGCAUCCAAAGUGACCAAGUCGAUCAACGGCAUGAUGACAAGGGACUCUACGACACAUCUCACAAACAACGAGUACCUAGCUGGUGUGAUCGUGUGAUGUGGAAGACAUCAAUUUCACCCCCCGACGAGGACGAGACGUUUGAUGCCUAUUCUUCGCGACAUCGCAAUCGUGUUGGCCAGCUUUUUGCCAACGCACUGCGACCAUUGUCCAAUCGUACUCGGAGAGGAUCCAGUGAUUUAUCUCUUGACCACUCUUCGUCCCCAACGUCUCCCAACGCUGAACCAACGGCUUCAUUUUCUCGCCUCGUCGAAUCGCAAGGCCACCUCUCGCCCACCAGAUCAGAAGGCAUUCUCGAUCGAAAUGGUCGAAUUGAACGGCAAAUUGCUACUGCAGCUGAUGGUAUCUUUCCGAACCUUAAACGGGCCAACUCCCUUUCACAUAAUCAAUCACCCCCGCUUGCUGUCCGUCCUCGACGCGCAACUCUGGCCGAUGAAACUGCUGCACCCAGUUUACAAAGCCGAGUUGUCACACCUUCUCGUUGGCGCUUUCUGCCUUCCUUCCUGGGAUAUCAUCACAUUGCACAGAGUGUUUCAUCAUCCCAAGAGCCCGCACCCUUGACUGAUGUUAUGCCUCCUCCUCCAAGGCCCUUUCGGCGCGGUGAUGUUGUCUGUCUCAACUACAACACCCUCGAUGACCGUCAAAUGAGAAAAUUGGAGGGAAGAAGCUUGCUUACCUCCUCCAUGCAAGGAUUCAAUAAAUACUAUCCACCGGACUUUUUCGAUAAUAUCGAGAAGCAUAGCAGUUUAAACUCGUAUCGAGGAAAGCAUGCUUUGGGAGAUCGUGCCAGGAAACUGGACCAGGGAAUCCUGAUCACACGCUUUGAACUUCCGUUCAACAUCUGGUGUGGAACAUGCAACAAUCAUAUCGGCAUGGGCGUAAGGUACAACGCAGAGAAAAAGAAAAUCGGCAACUAUUAUUCAACCCCCAUCUUCUCUUUCCGCUGCAAAUGCCACUUGUGCGACGGUUGGUUUGAGAUCCAGACAGACCCAAAGAACACACGUUAUGUGGUCGUCUCGGGUGCAAGACAGAAAGAAGAGAACUGGAGCCCGGAGGAGAACGGGGGGUUUUGCUGUCCACGUAAUGCUCAAGCCUCUGACCCACUGACCUCGUUGGAAAAGACUACAGACACUCAAAAGGGUCUGAUUCAAGUCCAUGAUCGUCUCGAGUCUCUGCAAGAAGCAUCUGAUAUCUACAACGCAGACCCUUUCGCGCUGUCCAGCAGGGUAAGGAAGCACUUUAGGGAGGAGAAGAAGAUCGAACAAGCGAAUAAGCAGGCGGAUGACGGAAUCAGAGGGCGAUAUGGUCUCCCUGAAACUCUCACCCUCAUCGCCGACGAUGACGCGGCAGUGAAAACUGCUCAGGAAAAGUGGGCACACGCUAGACGUGAAUUGGACGUUUCCACCAGCCGCAGCCUAACUGGUGUUACACGAACUCGAAAACAACCCUCGACGGUAGCUAACCUCAAAGCACGUAUAUUAGGCAAUACGGCUAGGAUUCAGAUUCGACAGCGAGUAGAACAACAAGUACAUGUACAGAGAGCAGAUAAUGAAAGGAAGGAGCAAUGA